AUGUCCGCACUGCAAUGCCGUCCAGGUUCAAGUCGAGCCGUGAUGCCGCAGCUUUGGCUCACUUUAGCAAGAUUUGCGGCAGCAAGCCGAACCCCGUCCCCAAAAGCGCAAUUGAUCUUACUGACACCUCAGAGUGGCUUCUUCCAGCUUUCCUGGCCCAUCCGCGAGCAGAUUCCUAGAGCUUGGAAGAAGCGUGGACCUCGAAGGGGUAGCACUGCUUGGGCCUGUGACGCGAUGCCUGUGCUUCAAGCUGAAAGUCGAGGGCCCUGCAGUUGGUGUUGCCGCAAGCUGAGGUUCCUUCAAGUCCAAGCCCAAGACGGCGGCGAUGAGGCGGUGAUGCGCCUCCGCUCGCGGAUGCGAGAGAUCAACCCGGAGAAGCUUUUCCUGCUGAUCCCGCCUCGUCAUGUCAGCGAAUUUCUCAGCUUUGAAGGUACACUAGGCGAAGGCGGCUUUGGAACGGUCUUUAAAGGAAGACCUACUCCCGCUGGCCACAAGCUUGUUCCGGAGCUGCGGCCGAACAAGUACUAUGCGAUCAAGAUGACUCGAAAGCCCAGCAAGGGUGGCUUUGCCGAGGAAGUCUUCGAAUACUUGGAGCGGGAGGGGCUGACGCAGCGGUGUGUCCGACUGGAUGCAAGGAAGGCAGCCAGAGAGGAGUUGGAGCUCAAGCACACCCCUGAGCAUGUGGAUGCAAUGUUCCAGAUAGCGAACAUGUCAGAGAAGGCCGCCAUGCUUGCCGCCGGCAGCGUGCUCAGCGCCACGGAGGAGGUCUGCGCUGGGAAAGUGCAAAGCGCUGUCUGCGUGGUGCGACCACCAGGAUUGUCCUCCAAGACGCUCAUCGUAGACUUCGAUGUCCACCAUGGGAAUGGGACCCACAAGAUGUUCGAGGAAGACGAAUCCGUUCUCUUCUGCUCCGUGCACCGGUAUGAUCGCGGCAAGUACUACCCAACGGGGCCUCUCGGCAACUUCACCAGCCACGGCGUAGGCGAAGGCGAGGGCUAUACCGUGAACGUCCCUUGGGAGGUGGAGAAGAGCAAGACACCCCCCGGGGAUGCUGAGUUCCUCUACGCCUUUGAUCGCCUCUUCCUGCCGAUCGCCGAAGCCUUCGCACCCGACCUGGUCCUCAUCUCCGCCGGCUUUGAUGCCGCUCCCGGAGAUCCCCUUGGUGGAUGCAUUGUGACACCCAGCGGGUUCUACGAGAUAACCAAGAGGCUCAUGGGACUUGCCGACGGCAGAGUGGUCUUGGCCCAGGAGGGCGGCUACAAUGUGGAGAGCAACAGCGAGUCCAUGGCAGCAUGCACCCGUGCCCUUCUCGGAGAAGAGCCGCCUCAGAAGUCGCAACUCCCAGGCUUCAAUGUUGGUUCGGACGACAGAAAUUCGCAGCCGGCCGCCAUGAGUCACGUUGCGACCGUGGAAGCUGCUCGGAAGCACUAUGCGCAGUUCUGGCAAUGCCUUCGCCCGCAAGUUGCAUACAGCCUCCUGGCUGUUUCGCCUGAUCGCCAUCUCGAGUACAUCCGUUGCAUGACUGGCAGCGAGCCACUCGCCAACGGCAUUCUUGGCUUCAUCGCGGGUUUCGUGCAUCCACAGCAGGCUUUGUACCAGGUCAUGGAGCUGCUUGAGGGUCCAGAUCUGUUCGACUUCCUAGCACAGCGGUCUGCCAAGCUUGAAGAGAGUGUCGCUGCGGGGCUGGUCAAGCAAAUGGUCAAGGCUGUGCAUUUUUUACACCGAACCAUCGGUGCACUCCACAGGGACAUCAAGCCGGAAAACUUCGGCUUCAUCAAGCCUCCCAUUGCUGGACAGCCGCUGCCAGAGCUGAAGCUUUUCGACCUGGGGCUUGCCUGGGUCUUGAAGGCACCUGUCACAGACGAGACGGCGAAAACUCUCUUGAGAAUAAAGCGCUGUGGCACCGGGUGUUAUAUGGCACCGGAAGUCUGGGACGGAAACACGGGGCCGCCGUCUGAUGUAUGGGGCGUUGGGGUGGUGUCCUACAUCGUCACCAGUCUCGAGGUGCCGUUCAUGCUAAUGGAGUCCAAGCAACCAAAGGUUGCAAUCCGCACGAACCCGUUGUCCUUCGAGUCCCACACCUGGCGUAACACCUCGGAUGUUGCCAAGCAGUUCCUGGAGGGCCUGCUGGACAAGAACCCCAUCACACGCUUGACAACAGCCGAUGCUUUGGCCCACGAUUGGAUGCAGGACACCAGAAUGGGCUUGCCGCCAAUCGCAGAAGGCAGUAGUGGUGAAGAUGGAGCUGGUGGACAAGGUGGGAAGACUUUCCCGAAAGCGCUGCCAUCACUUCCGCCGAAGUCCAAGCGGAGUGAAGCGGGCUUUUUCGAGUCCAUGACAUAUGCCCCAUCGAUGUAUUUCGGCGAUGCAGAUGCUUCGGCGGGUUCCUGA